AUGAAGUUGUUCAGCAAUCUGCGAGGACCACGCAGCUGGUCAAAAGAGAAGCGGCGCAUGCAUCCGACAGAGGAAAGCCAGAAUGGGUCACAGGAAACGCUGUCGACUUGCCCGGCAGAAUCUGGCGUAUCCUCUGACGGCCAUUGCCAGCACGAUGAGCGGAAGAGCGCGGCCAGCGAGACAGGAGUUAUACCCAGAGCUUUGGCCCGACAUCCUAGCAUCAGCAGCAACGACAGCACGGGGAGCCGGAGACCCGCGGCACAAAUGAUAAUGAAUCACAUGAAGUCCGUACGGGAGACUUUGCCGACGUUGAAGCCGGGCAUGGUCGUGACCACAAAGAGUGCACGGGUCAACAUGUUGGUCGUUCGUAACACCAAGGAGUGGUCAGAGGGGGACGUGGACGGCGGCGUGGGCAAACCUGGGAUAAUAUUUGCCAUCGAUGUAGUCGCAGGGGAUUGCACGGUUUAUUGGUACGAGUCUGGGCAGGUCAACAAUUGCAGCAUCGGCAGGACGGGCGUGCUCUGCAAGCCGUGCGGCGCCAUCCCGGGGUCGCUUGGAGGGGACGACGGAUUGGCGAACGUAGGCACGGUUCACUCCGCCAUGGAGGCAAUGAGGACUGUGCUCGGGGGCCGCGCUAAGAGAGGACACCAGACGGAAACACCAGUCGAGCCGUUUACUCGACACAUCUCGCCGUUUGGCCGGAAGAUCUCGUACACGCAGUACGCGGAGAAGACGCAGACGGCAAUCAUAUUCGAUUGGGACGACACGAUGUUCCCAACCACAUACGUCAAGCACGAUCUGGGCCUCUCCAUCAAUCAUAGUCUGAAGGACCAGGCGCUCAGUCCCCGGAAGAUGGUACGUGUCCGGACCGCUCUAGCGAGAGCCGCGUGCGCCGCCGGACGGCUCCUCCGGUUGGCGGACGAGCGCGGGAAGGUCGUCAUAGUGACUUUGGCCAGGAGUCCGUGGCUCACCGAUUCCUGCAGGAAUUUCUACCCUGGGAUGGGCGAGCUCAUCAAGAAGCUCGGUAUCCAGAUUGUGUACGCGCGGGAUAGGGAGUAG